AUGGGAGGAGAUCUCAAUUUGAAGAAGUCGUGGCAUCCCCACCUGCGCAAGAACCAGGAGAGAGUGUGGAAGGAGGAGAAGUCUGCGCUCGAGGAGCGCAAAUUGAUCGAGAAGUUGCGCAAGGAACGCGAAGAAGAAGCGGCGAUCGAGCAGCUGCAGAGACUGCAAGCUGAGAAUGGCGGCAAGGUCGUACAGCGAAGGGUUGACUGGAUGUAUUCAGGCCCGAGCGGCGAUGCCGGAGUCACAGAGGAGCGCGAGGGCUAUCUCCUAGGCAAACGCAGGAUUGACAACCUGCUGAAGUCAAACGAUACCCAAAGCCUUCAGAAGGGCGCUGCAGUCGGCAUCGACGCUGCCACGGCCGACACGAAUGCGAACACUGCUCGCGACACACAGAAGAAAGUCCUCCAGGACCCGCUCCUCAUGAUUCAAAAACAGAAGAUGGAGAUGCAGCUGAAGGCUAUGAAGGACGCGCAGAAAGAGGCUAAAUACGCCGAAAAACGCGAAAAAGAGAAGGAGCGGGAGAAGAAACACAAAAACCGGGACAGGGAGCGGAGCCGGGAUCGCGAACACAAGCACAGCAGCCGACGCCAUCGGUCACGGUCGCCACGCAGGAGGGAAGACCGCGAAGAUCGCCGCGAUCGCGACAGCCAUCGUAGACGGUCGAGAUCCCGCUCACGAUCACCAUACCGCAAACACAGUAGCCGACGAGACCGCACUCGUUCACCACGCAGGAGGGAGGAUCGUGGCGAUCUUCGCGACCGCGACACAUACCGACGACGGGACCGUACACCACCGAGAAGACAAGUCGAAAAACAAGUCGAAAGCAAAGCCGAUGAUACGGAAGCCCGUCAGAGCGCUGCUGACCGCCUAGCUGCAAUGCAAGCAGAGGCGACAUCGCUAGAGGAGCAGCGUGCUGAGCGUGUUCGACUACAAGAAAUUAAGGAUGCAGAGGAGGAAGAGAAGCACAAGAAGAACAUGGAUGGAGGACGCCGGUUCAUUUCGAGCGUGCGGGGGCAAGCCUCAAACAUGGACCUGGGUGAUGCGAUCGCUCGUGGACGGGGUAACCUGAGGGCAGAGAUUGAUGCUUAA